GGAAGGCCGGCCGCCCGCCCUCAGCGGAGGAAGGACGGGCUGUAAGAUGGCGGCGGCGGAGGAGCGGCUCCUGUCGGAGGGGGAAGGCGGCGCCCCGGGUUCGGCGCGGCUCUCCCCGCCCCCGCUCUCGCAGUCUCCCGAAGCCCCGGCGCCCUUGGAGCAGCCGCCUCAGAGCAACACGCUGAUGGGGCUGCCCAUCGUGGCCAUCGAGAGCAUCCUCAGCUUCCUGUCCUACGACGAGACGAGCCAGCUCCGCCUGGUUUGUAAACGAAUGGACUUGGUUUGUCAACGAAUGUUAAAUCAGGGAUUUCUAAAAGUGGAAAGAUACCACAACUUGUGUCAAAAGCAAGUUAAAGCUCAGCUUCCAAGACGAGAGUCAGAAAGAAGAAACCAUUCGUUAGCUCGUCAUGCAGACAUCCUUGCUGCUGUAGAAACGAGACUCUCUUUGUUAAAUAUGACUUUCAUGAAGUAUGUGGAUUCCAAUCUCUGUUGCUUCAUACCUGGAAAGGUAAUAGAUGAAAUUUACCGUGUGCUAAGGUAUGUAAACUCUACAAGAGCUCCUCAGAGAGCUCAUGAAGUUCUUCAAGAACUAAGGGACAUUUCUUCCAUGGCUAUGGAAUAUUUUGAUGAGAAGAUUGUUCCAAUACUGAAAAGGAAGCUUCCUGGGUCAGAUGUAUCAGGACGUCUGAUAGGAGCUGCCCCAGGAAUUUUAAUAAAAACAACAUUCCCAAGCUCAAACUCCAGUAUGAUUUUAGGACUUAGGAAGAAUGAGUAUACAUCAUCAUGGAAAAUAAAUCCCCUUCUUCUAAAAAUUCCAGGGCCUUCUGCAGCACUAACAACAAUGCAGCUGUUCUCCAAGCAGAAUCCUUCAAGACAGGAAGUCACCAAACUCCAGCAGCAAGUAAAAGCAAACGGUGCAGGUGUGACAGUGCUAAAGCGAGAAAUCUCAGAGCUUCGCACCAAAGUGCAAGAGCAACAGAAACAACUCCAAGAUCAAGAUCAGAAACUGCUAGAGCAAACCCAAAUCAUAGGUGAACAGAACGCCCGAUUGGCUGAGCUCGAACGCAAGCUGCGAGAGGUGAUGGAGAGCGCAGUAGGAAGUUCUUCAGGUUCUGGUUCAAAUGAACAAUCUCCUAGAAAACGGAGGAAGGCGGUUGAAUCCACAGACUGUCCUAGGAAAUCUAAACGCCUUCGAAACAGAAAAUAACUUGGGGAGUCACUGACGCCUUCAGGAAGAUACACUGCUUUAGUAGCCCAGGCAGGUCUGCUCGUUUGGAUACUGUGAUUAGCUUCAUGGUGUCACGUAGGCUGCUGGCUCUUCAACACACCACUUAGACUUGAACGUGAAUUUUCUUUCAUUGAGACUUUUCCCCUGCUUUCUGGAUGGGUGGGCCUAAAUCACAGGAUCUCUAAGAUUUGCAAUAGAUACAUACUAACCAGACCUGCUCUGUUACAUUUUGAAGGGUUAACCUUUUUUUUUUUUUUUUUUUUUCCUCUCCGUGCAAACGUGUUGAAAGUAAACUUAUUUGUGUUUAUGCGUAUGUUCACAUAAAAUCUUAAAUAAAUUCAGUCUUAACUGACUAAAAAGUUGAGCUUAAAAGCAGAUGUCCUGUUCACUUGAAGAAAAGAAACGCUUUUAAAAUCAUGUUUUAGAGAACUUGACUUUUUUGUUACAAGUGACCUUGUCUGGAAUGUCUGAAAAGCAGCGAAUACUUUUUUGGGAUCUCUGUAACAAGUAAAACAGACUUCUUAAGUUACA